CUUCCUUUCCUCCCAGCCCUAGAAGUUGGUCCAACAGCAAAUUUAUCAAAGAUCGUCAAGCACACUUAACCUGGUACGAUGGUUCUUGAAAGUCAUGGAGGCUUUCGCGAUGGACAUAGUCCGGUUAUCGAGGUCAAGGUACUUAUGCGAAGACUGCAUGCCGGGUGUUUGACUUCACCUCUCUUUGCUUCCACUCGCACAAUAUCAACGGUCCCUUGUGGGAUUGGUAUGUGUAGGGGAGCUCAGAGGGUGAGGUUGAUCUGAGAAAUACCGGAGAACUUGAUCUGGAUAAUACCAGCGAAAGGACAUGCCUUCUUUGACGUCCGCGUCCACGGAGGUGGAAGCGAGGCUGACUUGUACAGAUUCGCAACCUUGAUUGUUCAAGAUGUCGUCUGAUAAGAUUGUCUUCUUGACCAACUGGCACGCCACCCCGUACCACGCUCCUCUGUACCUUGCCCAAGCCAAAGGCUAUUUCAAGGAUGAAGGCGUUCAAGUUGCUCUUCUCGAGCCAAACGACCCGAGCGAUGUCACCGAGAUAAUCGGCACCGGAAAAGCCGACCUUGGCUAUAAGGCCAUGAUUCACACUCUAGCUGCCAAAGCCCGUGGGUUUCCUGUCCAAUCGAUCGGUAGUCUUCUUGACGAACCCUUCACCGGAGUUGUGUAUCUCAAAUCCAGCGGCAUCACAACCGACUUCCGCACCCUCAAGGGCAAACGAAUUGGCUACGUCGGCGAGUUUGGCAAGAUCCAAAUCGACGAACUUACCUCGCACUACGGCAUGUCUCCCACCGACUACACCGCCAUCCGCUGCGGCAUGAACGUCUCCAAGGCGAUCAUCGAAGGCACCAUCGAUGCAGGCAUCGGCCUCGAGAACGUCCAGAUGGUCGAGCUGGAAGACUGGCUUGAAUCCCAAGGCCGGCCCAAGUCCGAUGUGCAAAUGCUCCGCAUCGACGAGCUUGCCGAACUAGGGUGCUGCUGCUUCUGUACCAUCUUGUACAUCGGCAAUGAAGCUUUCCUGGCCGAGAACCCCAAGAAAGUCAGCGCGUUCAUGAGUGCGGUCAAACGUGCAACCGAUUUCAUGCUGCGUGACCCGGAGGCUGCAUGGCGCGAGUACACGGACUUCAAGCCAGUCAUGAACACGCCGUUGAACCGGAAGAUGUAUGAACGCAGUUUCCCGUACUUUAGCGUGGAUUUGAAGAACGUCCGCCGCGACUGGGACAAAGUCACGGCAUACGGCAAGCGUCUGGGCGUCUUGGAGAAGGAUUUCCGCCCGAACUACACCAACGACUUUCUCGGCUGGAAAUUGGAAGGCGAGAGCCAGGACCCGACCGGUGAUCAGAAACGGAUGGUGGAUUUGCAGUGCAAGAUCAGGACCACCGGAGGGUUGAGACGGCUUGAGGCUGUGACGGCCUGAACUGGCCUUGUCUCCGACUCGGUCUCAGCGGAUGGCUCAGCUUGAUGUGCUGAAUGCAAGUACUAGUAUACGUUGUGUUUUGGGCCUGUCACUCCUUCAUUUCCACCCCAUAGCAACGAGUUCAAACUCCCAGGUCGAAUGGUCAUCAUAUCAUCCCGUUGGCUGCCAGUAGCACUCUGAAGGCAUGUGGUUCCGUUCUUCCGCGUGCGACCCAUUAAUGUCCAACCAAUUAAGUUCAAUAACGAGUCGAUCAAGAGACGACCAGGAUGUUGGUAUUAAAAAACUUACCCAAACAAGCAUGCCAUCUUACUUGAUUAGGGCAUAAGGCUGUUUGAUUGACACGAAACCACCUUUCAUUUCUGCAGGAUGAUCGGAGAAAGUGUAGACUAGCCAAAAAAAGGAGUUCAC